AUGGGGAGGCCUGUCAUGAACGACUUAAAUUUGGUUGUCUCAACCAGAGCUCUGGCGAUCAAGUUCCUAACUCCUAAUGGGAUCGGGUAUAUAAGGGGCGAGCAAUAUUCGGUAAGGCGCUGCUAUGAAGAAGGGUUGAAAAUGGGGCUCACAGGAAAGAAAGUCAAUAUUGUCUCUAGAUGGGAGGGACAAAUCAUCAGUAAAAAGGGAAUCAAUCACGACUUGGAUUCGCGCGAGGUGGAUUGUGACCGAGCUGCCAGCCCUAUAGGCGAGCUGGAAGACAUUAUGGUUAGCGACAUCGAUGCUGAAAGGUGUCUGAAGCUGGGAAAAAGCCUCACCCUCGAGGUAAUACCCUUUGGGCUGAAGAAUGCGAGGGUCAUCUACCAGCGUCUAGUUAAUAUGAUGUUCAACGACUUCAUUGGGAAAACCAUGGAAGUAUAUGUAGAUGACAUGCUGGUAAAAUCCAAGCAAGUUAUUGACCAUAUCCGCGACCUGGAGGAGGCGUUCCAGAUUCUAAGAAAGUACCAGAUGAGGCUGAAUCCACUCAAGUGCUCAUUCGGUGUAGCUUCUGGGAAAUUCUUGGGCUUCAUAGUUAAUGAAAGGGGCAUUGAGGCUAACCCCAAGAAGAUCUGA